CAGUUGGCACCCAUCAUCGGUUUCCGAUUUCCGAUCGCGUUUGCAAAACUACCAGUUAGCCAACCUUUCAGUUGAUUUUUCCUAAUUCCGUGGAAUAGCUGUAUGGUAUUCGUCAGUGAUCGUGAAGCGUUAACCUUGGUGCUACAUCAUUCUUUUCGUUCGAAAUAAAGUUUCGAGAAUUUCUCUAAAGAAUAAAAGCACGGGUCAGCUAGCCCUAGUCCAGGGCACUGACCACUUCCGCGGAGACCCUCCCUGGUGACACGAACUUACGUUGGCUAACCCCCACCGAGACUGGCUGCCUCUUCGUUUUAAUUGAAAUUUUUGAGACUACAAAACGCGCUUUUUUCCCCCAUCGGUUAAAGAUUUUUUUGAAUUUCGUUUCUACCCACGCACGCAUCACACACUUCUUCAAUCAUCAUGAAAUUCCUCACCCAAAACGAAACCGAAAUGGUGCAAAUCGUGGACGGCCAGGUCAAUGUACCGGCCAUCAUCGACCAGCUGACCGGUCAACUGUCCUCCGAGGAGCCCUUCUACGUGAUGGACAUCGAUGACAUCGUGCGCAAGCACCAGGCCUGGAUCGAAAAGAUGCCCCGUGUCGUGCCGCACUAUGCCGUCAAGUGCAACGACACCGAAGUGGUCUGCGCAACCCUGGCCUCCAUGGGUGCCAGCUUCGAUUGCGCCUCAAAGGGCGAGAUCGCCAAGAUCCUCGCACUGGGCGUCAGCCCCGAUCGUAUCAUCUUCGCCAACCCGAUGAAGCCGAGCUCGCAUCUGCGCUAUGCCGGUGCCAACAACGUCAAGACGAUGACCUUCGACAGCGACAUCGAGCUGCACAAGAUCCGAAAAUUCUGCCCGGACGCCAAGCUGGUGCUGCGCAUUCGUUGCGAAGCCGAGAAAGCUUCCUGCCCGCUUGGAAAGAAGUUCGGUUGCGACCCAGUGGACGAAGCUCCCCGUCUGAUCAAGAUCGCUCGCAGCCUGAACCUGGAUGUGGUCGGUAUCAGCUUCCACGUUGGUUCCGGCUGUGCCGACUUUCCAAUCUACUACAAGGCAAUCUCCAUUGCUCGUAAGCUGUUCGAUUACGCCAAGGGCUUCGGAUAUGAGUUCAACCUGCUGGAUAUUGGCGGAGGCUUCCCCGGAGACUUCGGAACCUCGAUUGACGAAGUUGCAAUGAUCGUGAAUACGGCCUUAGACAAGUUCUUCCCAGACAAAUCGGUACGCGUAAUCUCCGAACCCGGUCGGUACUACGUAGCAUCCGCAUUCACACUGGUCACCAAUGUUCAGUCGAAGCGUAUCUGCCUAGAUCCCGCAACCGGAACCAUCGAUCGUAUGAUGUACUAUCUGAACGACGGCGUAUAUGCUUCAUUCAACUGCAUCUUCUUCGAUAAUCAGACCCCGAAGCCUAAACUGAUCGGAGAACAGAGAGGUAAAACCUACAAAACCACCAUCUGGGGACCGUCCUGCGAUGCGCUGGAUCAGCUAAUCGAGACCAUCCACAUGCCGGAACUGCAAAUCGACGACUGGGUUAUCUUCGAGAACAUGGGAGCUUACACAAUCCCCAUUGCGAGCCCGUUCAACGGAUUUCCACUGCCCAAGAUGUACUGCUACAUCAGUAAGGAAUCUUGGGAAAUGAUCGAACACCUGACGACGCUCUCGGACGAAACCUUGUGCAACACCUCCGCCGCCGAACUGCUAAGCAACUACGAGAACGUAGUUUGCGCAUGAAUCAUCCCAUAUCACCGUAAAAAACCCAAACUUAUGUUAUCGUAACUUUACGUUUUUAUUUGAUACUUUUUUAUUAUUUACAUUUACAUGAUUCGUAAUCUAAAUUCAAACUAAAACUGUAUUUCAAAUAUUCCAAUAAACGAAGAGGCAGCCCAAAACUGCUCCUAAUGCUAAGAAUAACACAAAAA